UGGGCUUGGGCGGGGCCGGCUUCUGGUUAGCUGGAGGAGUGUGAAACCGCGUGUUAAUGUAACCAGUUGUGGAAAAGUGAGGGCGGCCCGAGUCGGUGGUGUGUCCCGUGUGUGUACGGAGAGAGCGGCGGAGGACACCGAGAGGCCUGGACGGAGGAGAGGAAAGGAGCGGAGCUUGUUCGCCCGGUGACUGAGAGAAGAAGAAGUUUGGUGCGGCGGCGGGCUUUGUCCGGGCCGUCACUUUGUUCCCAGGAAGGUGGGGGAGGAGCGGGCGGAGCCGUCACAAGUGAGGGGCUCUUAUUGUUGUUUGGAGGAGCGUUUCCCAUGUGGAUGGAGAAGUGGUGGGGCCGUAUUCUCUCCACCCGUGUGUACAUGUGUCCCCUGAGACACUGCUGAGGAGCCCCAUCUGCCGGGGGAUCACCGGCAUCGUCCGCCUUUGGGAUUUAUAUCAUCCGAAAGUUGUCCGGGAAAGUUUGCUGGGAAUAUCGGUGAUCGGAGAUUACAGACAAAGGGAUGCUGGGCGGCUCUGCCUAGGCUCAUCACAUCGCUGUCCCACCGACACACCCGCCGAGAAUUGAGCUGAUAAGGGCCAAAGCUGCGGCUGGGAGAGCCAUGUUUCCCCAGAGCAGACACCCGACGCCACACCAGGCCGCAAGCCAGCAAUUUAAAUUUACCAUCCCUGAGUCCUUAGACCGAAUUAAGGAGGAAUUCCAGUUUCUUCAAGCUCAGUAUCACAGUCUUAAGUUGGAAUGUGAAAAACUGGCAAGUGAUAAGACAGAAAUGCAAAGGCACUAUGUUAUGUAUUAUGAGAUGUCUUAUGGCCUAAAUAUUGAGAUGCAUAAACAAACAGAAAUUGCCAAGCGACUGAACACAAUUUGUGCACAAGUCAUCCCAUUUCUUUCUCAGGAACAUCAACAACAGGUGGCUCAAGCCGUAGAGCGUGCCAAACAAGUGACAAUGGCAGAGUUGAAUGCCAUCAUCGGGGUACGUGGCCUUCCAGGUCUACUUCCUACACAACAGCAGUUGCAAGCUCAGCAUUUAUCCCAUAGUCAUGGACCACCAGUGCCUCUUACGCCUCAUCCUUCAGGACUUCAGCCACCUGGCAUGCCUUCAUUGGGAAGCAGUGCGGGCCUUCUUGCCCUUUCUAAUGCUCUAGGCGGACAGUCUCACCUUGCCAUAAAAGAUGACAAGAAACAUCAUGACACAGACCAUCACAGAGAGAGAGAGCCAGGAACAAGUAACUCUCUAUUGGGUUCUGACAGCAUGCGAGGCACAGAUAAACGGAGGAAUGGCCCAGAUUAUUCUAAUGACCUUAAAAAGAGGAAAGUGGAAGAUAAGGAUUCUAGCCACUAUGACAGCGAUGGUGACAAAAGUGAUGACAAUCUAGUUGUUGAUGUGUCAAAUGAGGAUCCAUCUUCUCCAAGAGCAAGCCCAGCUCACUCACCUCGAGAGAAUGGUAUUGAUAAGAGCCGAUUAAUGAAGAAAGAUGCUUCUAGUAGCCCAGCCUCCACUGCAUCUUCAGGUAGCUCAACGUCAUUGAAAUCUAAAGAAAUGAGCCUGCAUGAAAAAGCCAGCACGCCUGUUCUGAAAUCGAGCACGCCAACUCCUCGUAGUGAUGUACCGACUCCCGGCACAAGUGCUACAUCAGGUCUGCGUCCAGGACUUGGCAAGCCUCCCUCCAUGGACCCUCUGGUUAACCAAGUCGCUGCCGCGGGUUUGAGGACUCCACUAGCAGUUCCGGGUCCCUAUGGUUCGCCCUUUGGAAUGGUUCCACAUGCGGGUAUGAACGGUGAACUUACCAGUCCUGGAGCUGCCUAUGCUAGUUUGCACAAUAUGUCCCCACAAAUGAGUGCUGCUGCAGCUGCUGUCGUGGCCUAUGGGCGAUCGCCAAUGGUUAGUUUUGACCCCCCUCCUCAUAUGAGAGUACCAGGAAUGCCUCCGAACAUGGCUGGAAUCCCUGGAGGAAAGCCGGCCUACUCGUUCCAUGUUACUGCAGAUGGCCAGAUGCAGCCGGUCCCAUUCCCUCCUGAUGCUCUGAUUGGCCAAGGAAUCCCUCGGCAUGCACGCCAGAUAAACACACUAAAUCACGGGGAAGUGGUUUGUGCAGUAACCAUCAGCAACCCCACAAGACACGUUUACACUGGUGGGAAGGGAUGUGUCAAAGUCUGGGACAUCAGCCAACCUGGCAACAAAAGCCCAGUUUCUCAGCUGGACUGCUUGAACAGAGAUAACUAUAUUAGAUCCUGUAAAUUACUCCCUGAUGGAUGCACUCUCAUUGUCGGAGGGGAAGCCAGCACGUUAUCCAUAUGGGACCUGGCAGCUCCCACCCCGCGUAUAAAAGCAGAGCUGACAUCAUCUGCUCCUGCCUGCUAUGCUCUGGCUAUCAGCCCUGACUCCAAGGUCUGCUUCUCCUGCUGUAGUGAUGGCAACAUUGCAGUGUGGGACUUGCACAAUCAGACCCUUGUAAGGCAAUUCCAGGGCCACACAGAUGGAGCCAGCUGUAUUGACAUUUCAAAUGAUGGUACCAAGCUUUGGACAGGAGGUUUGGACAACACAGUGCGAUCCUGGGACUUGCGCGAAGGACGACAGCUACAACAACAUGACUUCACAUCACAGAUCUUCUCCCUUGGAUACUGUCCAACUGGGGAAUGGCUUGCAGUAGGAAUGGAAAGCAGUAAUGUGGAAGUCCUGCAUGUAAAUAAACCGGAUAAAUAUCAGCUGCAUCUACAUGAGAGCUGUGUGUUGUCGCUAAAGUUUGCGUAUUGUGGUAAAUGGUUUGUGAGCACAGGGAAAGACAACCUUCUUAAUGCCUGGAGAACGCCAUAUGGAGCAAGCAUAUUCCAGUCUAAAGAAUCCUCGUCGGUGCUGAGCUGCGACAUCUCUGCAGAUGAUAAAUACAUUGUCACUGGAUCAGGGGACAAGAAGGCUACAGUGUAUGAAGUGAUCUACUGAAAGACUAGAUUAUUAUUUUGUACAAAUUAUUUGGGCCAAAAUAUACUUUUGCAUAUCAGUAGGAAGAACAAGCAGACUUUUUAAUCCUGAUCAUGAAAUUUUGCCUGUGUAUAUAAAGAAAAUGCAAUAUGGACUUGCUGUAUCUCCUACCAAUGUGGAUAUGACUGCCUGGAACAAGCUGAAGUCAACAUAUAAUGAACAUAUGUCUUAAUAUGUCUGCUGAAAACUUUUUUUUUUUUUUUAAGCAGCUAUUUUUGUCUUACAUUUAAUGUGACUCUUUGUGAGCUCACAGAUAUUCUCAACAUGGCAACUUAUCAGAUUCUUGAAAUACAAGGUUCUGUGCUUCGUAGAAUUUUUAUUUUUGUUGAAGGUCAGUUGUAAAAAUGUACAUAUAUUUGUUUUCCUACAGUAAAGUCUUUAGUACCAACAGCAUUUUUAUUUUGUAACUGUCAAUAUGUAAAUUGAUUUUCAUGGUGUAUAUAGGAUUUGUAAUUACUUGCAUUUACCAAGGUUGUGACUGUCUAUUCUUUUACUACACUGUGAUAGGUCUAGUCAAGUUGUAAAUGUUAUUUGAAAUAGCAGAUGCACAGUAACUUGACGCCUGAUUAGUUUAUAUAAUUCUGAAUCUUGUAAGUUUUAAAGUCUGAAUCCUCUUUCUCAAGACAGUAUUCUGUCCUCAUAACUUGCUCUUGUAGUGUGACUGUCAUUCAAUUUAUUUUCAAAACAUUUCUUUCCAUUUCAAAAAUCUGACUGUCGAUCCAGAAUUUAUGAAGAACCAUUUUUGAAGUGUAUGUAUAUACAAUUAAAAUGCCUUUCUAAGAGGAUUAGGUGUAUACGCUUUUUAUGUUUCCAUUCUAUGUAGUCAGUCUAGAUGGGUGGUGCCAUUUAAUGGCAUCCUAAUCAAAUCUGUGAAAAAGUGCAGCCCAUGGGAACAAUUUUUUUUUUUUUUUGGUUUUUAGUCUUCUCUAAUACUAAAAGGUUUUUCCACUUCUGUGAUUAACUAGCGAUAGACACGUCCCUGCAAAUAGUUAUGCAGAAUUAUUUUGCUUCUGUUACUCUGGUUUAUUCCUUUUUUUUUAUUAAGCAGAUACAUAUGAUGAGCCUGCUCAGUAUUUCAGCCAUGUGUAAUUGGCUUCUUGUGGGUCCUAGAACCCAAAACUUAUUGUGCUGCUGCCCCCCCUUUUUAAAUAUUACAUUAUCGUUUUGGGAUGAUGCUGCACAUCCAUCACACACACCUGAUCUAUUUAUUUUAAGAUGAAAACUUUUAGUGAGCAGUAAACUUUGCAUCAUAUUGUAAGCCUUCCAUAGAGUCCAUUAUGAAUGUUUUUCUAAAAGCAAAGACUUUCGGUUUCUGUUAAUGAAGUCUAUACUUCAUUACUAUGUCUGAAUAAAACAACAUAAUACACUA